UUGCAACAAGCUGCCCGCGCGUGUAAGCAGGGCCGAGCGUCCCGGCUCCCUUCCCCAGGGCUCCGCGUUGCCGAGGGCUGCGGCUGGCAGCUCCCCUGGGAGCAGCAGUUUGCGGCGGGUUCUGCUGGGCACGGGGGAGGCGGUGAGAAUGGCUGGUGGAGAAGGCGGGGGCGCCAGGGUGCCUGAGUGCCGGGAGCAUCUCUUCAAGGUGCUAGUGAUCGGGGAGCUGGGCGUGGGCAAAACCAGCAUCAUCAAGCGGUACGUGCACCAGCUCUUCUCACAGCACUACCGGGCCACCAUCGGGGUGGACUUUGCCCUCAAAGUCAUCCACUGGGACAGCAAGACCCUGGUGAGGCUGCAGCUCUGGGACAUCGCAGGCCAGGAACGUUUUGGUAACAUGACAAGAGUGUACUAUAAGGAGGCAGUUGGUGCUCUUGUGGUCUUUGAUGUCACAAGAGGCUCCACUUUUGAAGCGGUUUCCAAGUGGAAACACGACUUGGACAGUAAAGUGCUACUUCCAAAUGGCAGCCCCAUCCCUGCAGUUCUCCUUGCAAACAAGUGUGACCAGAAAAAAGAUGGCAGCCAGAAUCCCUCUCAAAUGGACCAGUUCUGCAGAGAAGGUGGUUUUAUUGGGUGGUUUGAAACAUCUGCCAAGGACAACAUCAACAUAGAUGAAGCUGCUCGAUUUCUGGUGGAAAACAUCCUUGCCAACUACAAAAGCUUUCCUAAUGAAGAGAAUGAUGUGAACAAACUAAAACUGGACCCAGACCCCUUGAGAGCAGACAGUAAAUCACAGUGUUGCUAAUGUUACCUUUACUCUUGCAUGUAAAUACAACAGAAUGAGCAGCAAGACUCUUGUUCCUCAGACCAGACUGCUGCUAUGGUGCUGCAUUAAGGACAAUCCAAGUGUUGGGUUUGGUUAUCUUUGAAUUGGUGAUUAUUUUUGGGUGUUUACACAUUUUUGUUCUUUUUGUAUAAAAUUGAAAAUGUGGUGUUUAUCAUUCAUCCUCCACUAAAAGAGCAGCUGUCUAGCAGUUGGUUACCUUCUUCUGACAUGAAAACAGAGGGUGGUGUUUACACUCUGUUCUCAAAGGAAUACAGACAACAUUCAGUAUGACGCGUAUCCAGGCUAGGCGUUAGUUCAGAGGAUGAAUAUUGUGGUGUAUUCCAGAACAGUAUUCUUGACAGAAGUUGUAGCUGAAAUAAGCACUUGCCUCUUUGCCACGAGUGUCCUUAUACCCAUGACUUCCCACUCCUGCCUGCCUGCCGCCUCUCCCACACAUACUACUUCGUCCCUGUUGAUUACCCCCUAAUGUGAGGACCUGUAACUACAGCUCUCCUGGAGCAAGUGGGUCUGUUUUCCUGAACUGGACAGGGAUAGCUGAGCAAUGGCAGGAGGUCCCAUCCUUACUUUGUCACUAAGCCCCAAUACAAGGUAAGCAUACCACUUGGCAAGUAAGAACAGGAAGGGAAACAAGUGUCCUAUGUGACAUGGCUACUGCAGUGAUACAGAUGCUAGCAAGUGCAUCUCCAGUUAUUAGCUGAGAAUAUUUUACUUCAAAUACUCUUAACCAGUUUGAACCUGUAAAACACAUUCCAGCACAAAUAGCAGGCUUUCCUUAGUGUAAUGCACCCAGUUAAAAUAAACCUAAGGAAGCAUCACCCAUCUGCACAUAUUAAAACUAAUGGCCAGAAAUAAUUCAUACACUAACGCUUUGAGAUGCUAGCUUUAACUUCAUCCAGGAGAGGACUGCCAACAAAUAAAAAUGUUCUAGUUUUGGUUACCUGUCUUAAACUGUUUUGUGAAACUAGCAUACAGUAUGACUAGAUGAGUAAUUUUGAAUUACUCAGACCUUGGUCUUGGGAUACCUUUGAUUAGUAGCGCAUGGAAAAGAGGGAUGCCUCAGAUGCAUCUUAAGAUAAAUUUAAGGGUUUUUUAAAUCACUCAGAUAGUUAUUAUUCUGUUACAAAGGCCUUCACUAAUUAUAAAAACAAAUGCACGUAAUUCACCAAUACAAAGUGUAAAUGUAAAUGGAAAAUGCGUUACCAAUUUUUAUAACUAAAUAUUUUGGAAUGCUAAAAGUUCAAGUGAGGAAACUCACCUAGCUUGCUUUGCCUCGUGUUAAGAGGCUGGUUAUGUGAAGUCUUGACUUCUGCAACUCAUGAAUAUGGUCAGAAUUUGGGGGGGCAGGCUGGCUGGUGAAAAGGAUUAAUUUCUCUAGUGAUUGUGGUAAUCCUACAUUAAAUGGAACUCCUGCUUUCUCACAGGCUCUGGAUGCUGGUUUUUGCCACACUGUUUUUGCUUGGUCUGACGUUGUUAAAGUUUAGGUCAUAAGCCCUGUCCAUGUGUCAAAGUUAGAUGCACUGUCUUUCGUACUUGCCUAUUAAAGUGACAGGAAAGCGUUGUCAUAAGUACAAGCUACUUUUUAAUGAGAUGCAUACAGAUAAAGUCUUUAUUUUUAAGCAAUAAAUAAAACCAUUCAGGCACACUGUAAUUAUUCCUGUGUGAAAGACUCUUAUGUGUGUUUUUGUAUUUAAUGUUCUUUUGAGAAAAACGGGAAUACAUUCUCACUGAAGCCUGCAGACUCUUUUCCCCUUUCAGUCUGCUCCAUUCAUUGCCAUAUUAAACUGCCUCUUGAUGUCCUGUUUUAUCUUAAGAUAAAUACUUAAAAUUACCAUAUUUAAUAUUAACCAAACUUGAAAAGUCGGCUGAAAUAGCUUAUACUUAGUUUCUUAAAAUUCAAAACAUGGCCACCUCUUUGUAGACUGUCUUUCUGAAGGGAAAGUGGUUUUGAAAGAAUACUUUCUCCAUUCCCCUCCUGCCAUAGUCAACUCAGGGGCAAUGCUAUUUUCCCAAAUGGAUUAAAGUUAGUAUGUGGGGUCUUUUAUCCUCUUUUUUAGAACACUGGCAUGUUCUGUAAAUUACAAAUGUGCCUAUAAAACCUGUCAAGUUUUAGCCAUUAAACAGAAUAUUGGGUGGAGGCAUGCCAUUUAUCAUGGCAGUUAUCGGAGCAUGCAAGAUCUCUGGCUUUUGUACAGCUAUAAUUGGAACCAAAGUGCUUUAACUAGUCAUCAGACAUGUACACUGCCCCAUUUUUUGAUACUGCUUCAGUAGGCUAAUAUGUGCAAUAUCUGAAGAUCAGUUAAGCAAAGAUGCACAAUCUCCUGCUUAUGUGGCCUUGUGUAUUAUCAAGAUCACUGGAUAUAUGCAAUAUUACACUAACUUGGUUCAUUAAUGGAUUGAACCUGUCAGAUUGACAAAUCUAUUCAUAUAACUGGCACUAUUACCUGUUUAAAAGGUCAGUUUAGUUUAAUGUAAAAAAAACCCUCAACUAAUCGCUUCAGUCUUCAAAACUUUAAGUGAAGAAA